AUGGUGGGCGAGUUCUUCGUGGCGCCCGAAGAGCAGAUCACCGAUCCGGCUGCAUUCAUGGUUGAUCUCAAUCUUCAGUUUGAUGACCAGGACGGAAACACGUCCGCCUGCAGGAGGAAGUUGGGCGACCAGAACGGUGAGAGCAGCACGGGCACUGCUCCCAAGAAGAAACCGCGCUCCGCCUCCGCGACAACGCCGCCGGUGCAGAGGAAGGGCAAGAGCAGUGUGCCACCCAAGAGGGCUUCCAAGGGCGCGUGCAGCCGAGGCGCGCAGCAGGAAGAGAGCAAUGGCGGCAACAACGUGCAGAGCUCCAGCAACUACCUCUCCGACGACGACGACGACGAGUCGCUGGAGAUGACCUCGUGCAGCAACAUGAGCUCGGCGUCCAAGAAGAAGUCGUCGUCGCACGGCGCUGGCGCCAAGGCCAGGGCCGGGCGUGGCGCCGCCACCGACCCGCAAAGCCUCUACGCCAGGAAACGUAGAGAGAAGAUCAAUGAGCGGCUGAAGGUGCUGCAGAAUCUUGUCCCGAAUGGAACCAAGGUAGACAUUAGCACGAUGCUGGAAGAAGCAGUUCACUACAUCAAAUUCAUGCAGCUCCAAAUCAAGCUUUUGAGCUCGGACGAUAUGUGGAUGUUCGCGCCGAUCGCCUACAACGGGUUCAACGUCGGGCUCGACCUCAAGAUCGCUCCGCCACAACAAUGAUGGGCUUGGAGCCAACCAAUGAUAUGGAAACUUUCUUGGCAUGAAGAUGAAGUCCAUAUAUACAUACAUACCUACAUAUACAAUGAUUCUUCAUUGCUUAGUAUUUUUCCUUCUUGAAUUCAUUCUAGUCAUAAAUUACAGAUCGACAGACGCCUAUGUCUUUGUCUUUGUCGAGAUGAGUUAUGCUUCACCAUUGGAAUGAGACACAAAUUCUAAGUCUUUUCUUUUCUUUUCUGAAGAUAGGUGCAAUAUAUGGUGAAAACUCGUAACCAAAAGAUAAGUCAAGAGGCGUAUAAAGUAAAAUGUACAGGCAAUCCUUGAAACCUUCAUAGGUGUCAGGCUGUCCUCUGGACCACAGUUCCUUA